GGUGCGCUGUGUCCCUUGGACAUAGCGGAUCACCAAUCACGGAAAGAGUCGAAAAUGUCGGCUCGGUCAUGUGAUCAGCUGUGUCCAAUCACAGCUGAUCACAUGGGACAUGUACACUGAUCAUCAGGGCACUGAUGAUCAGUGUGCCCUGAUGAUCAGUGUAGCCCCAGCAGUGCCACCUGUCAGUGUCCAUCAGUGCCAGCUGUCAUUGUUCAUCACUGCCUCGUGCCAGUGCCCAUCAAUGCCACAUAUCAGUGCCUACCAGUGCACAUCAAUGCCACAUAUCAGUGCCCAUCUGAGCUGCCUUUUAGUGUCACCCAUCAGUGCCAGUCAGUGCCCCCUAUCAGUGCUGCCAACCAGUGCCACCUAUCAGUGCGCAUCAGUGCCAUGUAUCAGUGCUGCCUUUCAGUGCCCAUCAGUGAUGCCUGUCAAUGCCCAUCAGUGCCACCUAACAGUGCCUCCUCAUCAAUGUCCAUCAGUGCAGCCUAUCAGUGCCCAUCAUUUCAGUCUCAUUUGCGCACAUCAG